GUGGAGAGAGAAAAAACGCGGUGGCGCGAACGGGAGGGAAGCCUUGCUAUCCUAUCCGGCUAUCCCCGCCCCGUCGCACGCACACAUCACCCACCCCGUCGCAGUCGCACCUGCACUGCAUCCUGCGCCUGCCCGAUACCCAAUUAUUCUCCCUCUCUAUGGAUCACCACCGCACGCCGAUGGAGAACUCGGCGUCCUCGAAGCCGCCGACGCCGGCGUCCACGCCCAACUCGCGCCUCGCAUCGGCGCCGUCACCCCGCCACUCCGCCACGCCGCCGCACGCGUCCGCGCCGGCGUCCGCCCCGGCGCCGGCCUCGCGCACCGUCUACAGCGACCGCUUCAUCCCCAGCCGCGCCGGAUCCAACCUCGCGCUCUUCGACCUCGGCCCCUCGCCCUCGCCCGCCGCCGCCGCCGCCUCCUCGUCCUCCUCCCACGAGGCCGGCCCCGCGGCCUCGUCCGGAUCUGCGCCCGCCGCGGCGUCGCCCUACUGCGCGCUCCUCCGCGCCGCGCUCUUCGGGCCCGACACGCCCGACCGGGUCGCGUCCUCGGCCGCCGCGUGCUCGUCCUCCUCCUCCUCCCCGGGGCUCUCGCCUGUGGGCACCCCCGCCACCGGGAACAUCUUCAGAUUCAAGACGGAGGUGCGCCGGAACGCCAAGAGGGCGCUUUUUUCCGGAGGGGAGGAGGAGGAGGACGCCCUGUUCCCCGGCAUUUUCACCACCAGGGGCGCGGGACCAAGGAAGGUCCCGAGGUCGCCCUACAAGGUGCUGGAUGCGCCUGCGUUGCAGGACGACUUCUACCUCAACCUCGUCGAUUGGUCUUCACAUAACGUCCUCGCUGUUGGGUUGGGCAAUUGCGUUUACCUGUGGAAUGCAUGCAGCAGCAAGGUCACCAAGCUUUGCGAUUUGGGGGUGGAUGACAACGUUUGUUCUGUGGGGUGGGCGCAGCGCGGCACUCACCUUGCAGUAGGAACAAAUCAAGGAAAAGUUCAGAUCUGGGAUGCAACUCGCUGUAAAAGAAUAAGGACAAUGGAAAGCCAUCGCAUGCGUGUAGGUGCUCUUGCAUGGAGUUCUUCGUUGCUUUCUUCUGGAAGCCGUGACAAGAGCAUCCUCCACCAUGAUAUCCGUGCUCAAGAAGAUCAUGUUAGCAAGCUUACCGGGCAUAAAUCUGAGGUUUGUGGACUCAAGUGGUCUUAUGACAAUCGUCAGCUUGCAUCGGGUGGCAAUGACAACAGACUUUUUGUUUGGAAUCCACAUUCAGUACAGCCAGUACUGAAGUAUACUGAGCACACAGCAGCUGUCAAAGCUAUUGCCUGGUCACCUCAUCUCCAUGGGCUGCUUGCAUCUGGUGGAGGAACUGCAGAUAGAUGCAUACGAUUUUGGAAUACGACCACAAAUGCACACUUGAGCUGUGUGGACACUGGCAGCCAGGUCUGCAAUCUCGCGUGGUCAAAGAAUGUAAAUGAGCUUGUUAGCACCCACGGCUACUCUCAGAACCAAAUAAUUGUUUGGAGAUAUCCAACAAUGUCGAAGCUUGCCACUUUGACAGGGCAUACAUACAGAGUAUUGUACUUAGCUAUUUCCCCUGAUGGCCAGACCAUAGUUACUGGUGCUGGUGAUGAAACGCUCCGGUUUUGGAACGUGUUCCCCUCUCCAAAGUCCCAGAGUUCUGAUAGUUUAAGUUGUGUCGGAGGAACAUCUUUCGUUAGAAGCUACAUCCGGUGACACCGAGUUGUAGUUUUGCUGAGCUCAUAGGACUGUUGCAGCACAUGUUGAUGACCAUCAACAUCACUCCAUUUGCAUCAACCAUCAAAGGUAGCCCACUUUUUGAGAUGGCGCGAUACAGUUUGGUGAACCGGCUUGCGAAUCCAGGCAUGGCUCUUUUUGCUAGGAGUGUACAUAUUUAUCAGAGCAACGGCUUUAUAGGAGUGGACAUAGAGGAGGGGGGCUUCAAGCAUCAGCAUUGUCCCAACUGAUAAGAAUACGCCCUUUUGUUUGUUUGCUCAAUACGUCGGCUUGAGCUGUUUGUGUAGUGCGCGAGCAGCUAACCUAUUCGAAACAUUUACCGGACUGUGAACACGCCCACUUCAUCCAUGUUGGCACCAUGGUGUAAAAUGAGAACACUCGUGGCUCCAGGUUUAUUUUAUAGUGUCUUGGAAGGAGGGGCUGAUUUUGCCCUCACCUGGCUUGUUUCACAUAGAGAC